AGCUCACCACUGACUUUUUAAAAAGCUCCGUGCAACAUCCGAGGAGCAGCCCCGGCCGUCAUGGUGCGAGUCGUGUCGACGGCGAUGGUGGUCGAUGGAAUAAAUAGAGCAUCGUCGCUGCGCAACUAGGAGAACACGGCGGUUUCACCAGCUGGAACACGUGUGAUGCGCCUCUUCUUUCCUUCUCUUUCGUCUUGGUUUCUUCGACCCUCUUCGUUUCACCCGCUCUCGCCUCCGAAGGGCUUCUUCUUCUUCUUCUUUGCUUUGAAUCUCCCCAACUUGUUGGCGUUGCGCUCCGCUCUGGAGAUGUGGUGGAUGCUGUUUCCGCGGUGGAUCUGGUUCCUGGCGUGCGCGUCAGUGUGGAUGGAGCCCCACGUCGGAGUUCUGCCCCAAAUCACGUACUCGCACGCGGGCAUCUGCCCCAACGACAUGAACCCCAACCUGUGGGUGGACGCCAUGAGCACCUGCACGCGAGAGUGUGACACCGACCAGGAGUGCGAGUCCUUCGAGAAGUGUUGCCAAAAUGUGUGUGGGAACCGAAGUUGCGUGGCGGCCCGUUACGUGGACGGGAAGAAAGGCCCCAUGGGGAUGCCCAAGGAAGCCACCUGUGCCAGUUUCAUGUGCGCCCAGCAGGGGUCUGAGUGUGACAUCUGGGACGGGCAACCAGUGUGUAAGUGCCGCGACCGCUGCGAGAGGGAGCCGCACUUCACCUGCGCCUCUGAUGGCAUGACCUACUACAACAAGUGCUACAUGGAUGCGGAGGCGUGCUCCAAGGGCUCCACCCUGUCUGUUGUCACCUGCCGCUUCCACCUUACCUGGCCCAACACCAGCCCUUCAUUGCCCCAAGUGACCACCCUCCGCCCAACCACUGCUCCUCUCCAGGCGACUGUCCCACCUCCUCAGCCACCUGUCCAGGUCAGCAGCCCGGCUCACCAGAUUGUGAACGCGGGUAACACGGCCAGUUUCCUCUGCGACGUGAUCGGUCGCCCCCGGCCUGAGAUAAUCUGGGAGAAGCAGCUACCAGAGGGGGCGGAGAGGGUCGUCAUGAGGCCCAAUCAUGUGCGAGGGAACAUGGUCGUCACUAACAUUGGCCAGCUGGUCAUCUACAAUGCCCAGCCACAGGACUCGGGUGUCUACACCUGCACAGCUCAGAACCCGUCCGGCUCGGUGCAAGCUGACCACCCCCUCACUGUGAUGCCCACAGAGCUGCCCAUACCCCCGGAGCCAAAGAAUGUGACCCGCUGCCUCCCCGAGGAGUGCCUGAAACCCCCUGACAACCCAGAGGAUUGUGGGAGUGAGCUGGAGAACGUCAGCUGGUACUACGAGCCCAAGACCAACAACUGCUUCUCCUUUACCCACUGCCACAGUAACAACAACGGACAGCACCCCAGGAAGGUCUUCGAGACAUACGAGGAGUGCAUGCAGUGCUGCGGUCCAGAGCUCUCGGGCUCCUGCGGUUUCCCCCGCCUGCAGGGCCCCUGUAAAGCCUAUGAGCCGCGCUGGGCCUACAGUGGUACGCAGCGACAAUGCCAGUCCUUCAUCUACGGAGGGUGUGAGGGCAACGACAACAACUUUGAAUCUAAAGAAGCCUGCGAGGAAAUGUGCCCCUACCCGAAAAACCACAAUUGCAAGUCCUGCAAGCCGCGAGGCAAGAUAGUGACGAGCUUCUGCCGGAGUGACUUCGUCAUCCUGGGCCACAUGACGGAGCUGACAGAGGAGAACGACUCGGGCCACGCCCUCGUGUCUGUGGAAGAGAUCCUGAAGGACGAGAAGAUGGGGCUCCGCUUCUUUGGCAAGGAACCUCUGCAAGUCACCUUCCUCAACAUGGACUGGAACUGCCCGUGUCCGAACAUCACGGGCGCCGCUGCCGAGGGACAGGUCAUCAUCAUGGGCAACGUCAACGAUGGCAUGGCGGUCCUUCACCCGGAGAGCUAUGUGGGCACUUCCAGCCCUCGGCGCGUACGGAAGCUCCGAGAGGUCAUCUCUAAGAACACAUGUGACAUUCUCAAAGCGAUCACCAACAGCCCUCAGUAGGGUUAGGGUCAUAAUCUGUACAUAAAGUUUUGAAAACCUGACUCGACCGCAGAAGGCUGUUAUCCUCUGAACAGUAAUCGCAAUAAUGUUUUAGAGACCAUCCCUGAUGCGUUUCACGGAUUUCUUUCUGUUUUUGAACGUUUCCAGGAGCUCCUGAUCAGGAAGCCUGUCAUUUGUCAUCUCGUGUGUACAAAAGUGUGUCUCUGUGUGGUCUGCGUUCUGUUAUGGUGUGGUCAUUGGUGUUGUUGAUUGAAAUACCAUGUACAUGAGCACAGGAGACAUCCAUCAUGAUCCUCUUGUUACUCCAAUCCCCCAGACUCUGUUGUCCCUCAUGCCUUCUCCUGCCUCCAGAAGAAAUGGAGGUUGCAGACUUGCCUUGAAGCACAAAACAGACACCAUUGAGUUUGAUUUUUUUUUUUUAUGUACAUGAAUUAACUGCCACUGUUCUUUUGAUUCAUUUUUUUUGAACCCCCACUUGCCAAUAAGUACCUAAACUUUUCAUUUCUUAACAGCAUCGCAGCAGAGUAUUGCACACACAUUAAAUAGGUUAAAGUUUGGUUCAUCCAAAAUAAAAAUAAAAAAGUUGUAAUAUAUUUUAGUAACUUCCACAUUUUGUCACAAUCUCUCAUUGUUUUAAAUCACUUUUUUUUUUUUAGAUAUUUAUUAUCAAGUAAGCUUUUCUUGUCACUUGUUUUAUACUUCUCUUCCCCUCUGACAUGUAGAUUGCUGUUUUCCAAUUUUGUGUUAUGUAAAGAAUUGG